GACAAAUAGGUAAAGAUUUGUGUCAAAUGACACGUGUAAAAGUAAGGUUAGGUGAAAAAAAAAUCACACAAAUAUUACUGCGAUUCCCAGAUGAGAUUACCCAAAUUGCUUAAAUACCGAUAAACAGGAUGCCAAAAAUCAAACAGUUAGAAAAACUAAAACACCCAAACAGUAGGAAAACAAAAGCUCUGGCCAAGCAGUUAAAAAGGAAAAGUACAAAAGAUAAAUCCAAACUAGGCACUCAAAUAAAACAAAACCUUUUGGGAGAAAAAUGCAUUUGGUUUCGAGACAAUUUAAAUAGUGAUGCUAAGACCUGUUCACCAUCAGAGGUCAAAACAUUAAUAUUAAAAUAUUUAGGUCGUUUUGAUGAAGAACUGGAGCAAAUCAAAUUAAAACACUCUAUAGGUCAGAGAAAAAAUAGGCAACAUGCCAGUCGGGAAGACAUUAUUAAUAUGACAUUAAAGAGGGAGAAAGAAGAGUUUAAAACAUGCGGGAUUGAGAUUCCUGAUUUGCUUAAUGCCAGUCAGUUAAAUAUGUUAAAAACCUGGAAUGGAGAGUUGAGAUUUUUGCAAAAUUUCAAAUUGAGGAGGUUCAGUUUACAGCAUUUGAAAGAAGAGAAUGAAAAAAUUGGGAACAAUGUGGAAAAGGUAAAGCAAGAAAAACAAGAAAUUAGUAUAGGUGAUAAAUCAGUUACAAUGGAUAUCGACAGUUGAUAAAUAAAAUAGUUUGAAAUAUAAA